CAUUUUUUUGGCCGCAAGCAGAACUGCUAUUCCAUUGCCAUUAAAUACGUCCACCGAGCUUUACGCUAUGGAGUUAGAGCACGUAAAAUAAAGAAAUAUGAAAAUAGGAAGUUGUGGGAUACACGACUUACUGCUGGGUGUUUGGAGCUGGGCACUAACUACACGAAUAUGAAGUCAGUUAUGGAUGAUGUAGGUAUUGCUAUUGAUCGCAAGACCCUGCAAAAUAUGGCAAUAUGGGAACCCCGUUCAUUUAGGGUAAGUAAAUAUUAUAUGCAGUGUAUUAAAGUUCAUUACCUAAAAUAGGAAAACCCCUUUAUG